CCCCUUCUUCCACGAAAUUGGUGCACUUAUAAAAAGGAAAAGUUCGACCCCCCGCACCACUCUAGUGCAGUGCCACCGAUCACGAAACAUGUUGAGAUACGUGGCAGUCUUUGCUUUAGUGGCAGCAACCUUAGCUCAAGACUUCGCACCAUCAGCCCCUAGGCCGGCACCUCCUAGAAUCCAACCCGGAUAUUCUGGUCCGUCAGCGCCCAGACCCACACCCGUACCGAUUAUCAAACAAAUUGACAAACACAAUGAAGACGGUUCCUACACAUACGGGUACGAAUCUGCCGACGGUUCCUUCAAAAUCGAAACCAAAUUGCCCACUGGAGAAGUUAAAGGCAAAUACGGAUAUACAGACGACCUAGGAAAAGUAAGAGUGAUCGAAUAUGGUGCAACCAAACAUGGAUUUGCUCCAUCUGGUGAAGGCAUUACUGUUCCUCCACCAACUUUGGUAGAUGAAACUACCGACAAAUCUGGCAAUUUGCUGGCAGAAUAUUCUGGAGCUUACGAUCAACCUGAUAAUGAACCUGAAAAUGUUCCUCAACAAGCUUAUACCAGGCCUAGACCGAUUGAAUAUAGCAACUUCGAAUUCUCCUCAGUCCCGGAAGCUAGGCCAGCCCCUAGACCAGCUCCAAGACCUGCGCCCUUGGAAUACUCGCCACCGCAAACUUUUGAACCUGCUCCACGUCCAGCGCCUGCACCAAAGCCACAACAAGCUCCUUCUUCUUACUCUUUUGAUACCAGCCUAUUCCCAUCUGCUUCAAUUCCAACCAGGCCAGCUUUCUCACCAUCUCCAGUUCCUCCUAGGCCUACCUUCGCUAACGCUGCCCCUAUUCCCACAGAAUAUUCCAGGCCUGCUGCUCAACCGUCAUUCGCCCCAGCACCAAUUACCAGACCAGCACCAGUACCUCAAUACAGGCCUGCACCUGUUGUACCUCAAUAUAGGCCAGCGCCAGCGCCUCAAAAAGCUGGUAGGCCAAAUGGAGGAUCCAUUUUGGAUCAGCUCAGCAAAGACUAUGCUUUGCCACAGGGAGACUCUGCGCCUUCUCAUGAUAUUAGUUUCGGGUAUUACUAAAUAAAUUCAAUCAAUUAUUAGGAUUUUAAAAUUGUGAAAACCGUAUGCUGAUUUGUCGUAGGGAGAAAAUAUGUAUAAUUUCUAGUACUAUACCUAUAGAUACUUAUCAUGUAUAGGUAUAAUUUUGUUAUUCAUUUGCCUGAUUUUCUUUUUUCAAUUUUCAUCUCUCAUUUUCUUGCACUAUCACCAAGCAACGGCAAUCUACAAACCACUAUUUCCCUGAACUCAUCACUGUUGUUUAGUUUUUCAUGCUUGCAUGUUUUUUUCCUGUUUCAACACCUUCCUACUAUAUCUCUCCACUUCAUUCUUUUUCUGCCUCUGUAUAAUAGUAUACAAAAACUUAUUUUACUGCCUACCUACUCACUUUUUAUCUUAUCUAUUUUUCUUAUUAUUUUAUUAUUAUUAUUUUUUCUAUUCUUGCCUUCUGUUUUCUGCUCUUAAACUUCUCUAGUCUAGUCUUUCCUUCAUACUUAUUGAUUUAUUUUUUAUUUUUCCUAAGUUUAAUGUUUUUCUUUUUUAGAUUACUAAACUCACAGUUUUUUUUCCUACUUAUCACUGUUUAUCCUGCUUACUAAAUAUAUUUUGCACCUAUUUUUUAACAAAAAUUCUCUAUUUUUCCUUUUUUUUAUUUCUUUAUUUUAUCUGAUUGUUUUCUCCCUUGUAUAUCAAUACAAUAUACUAUGCCAUUGUUGUUAAGUAUUUUGCAUGUUUUCGACUGUUUAUUUAUAAUAUAAUUACUAUAGGUAAUAUAUUCUUCUUUGCCUGCAAAUAUCUGUAGAUAUCUGAACCAAUUAGCCUAUUUUUUGUACGAUUUAUAUAUUGUGAUGUACGUUAUGUGUAAAUAAACUUCCAUAAAAUCGAAUAAUAAUUUUAUUUUAGCUUGUU